AUGCUUGACUUCAUGAAAUCCUUCAACCAGGGGUGGUAUCUCACCACCCUCUCAUCGAUUCUAUGUGCGCUGGGCACAUUUAUCAUUUUCCUCGAUGACAUAUACAAACUUGUGUUUCCAAGGUGGUUUACGAGAAGAUACCCGUUCCAUUUGAAAGAAAAUUACUCGUUCAUGAAUGGAUCGUUGGCGUUUAGUUCGGGCUGUUUGCUUUUCACGGCACUUUAUAGACUCUUGCCCGAGGCCAUGGACAACCUCACUCCUCACGACGAGCUGAAACAUCAUCGCCUGCAGCGAGAAAUCAACACUGUCUUGAUCUCGUCGUUUAUUGGCGGAAUUGCAGCGUGUUUUAUUUUCAACCAGGUUUUGCAUCUUCUCACGGCGGAGUCGGUGGUGCAUUGUUCUCACGAUGGGAAAGAUAAGAUAGAAACGCUUCCCUAUCUGGAAUUACGAGAGAAUGCUCAUAGCCACGGCCACGACCACAGUCACAGUCACAGUCACGGCAGUGAAGGUCACGAGUAUCACGAGCCUUCAGAGCUUGAAGAAGGUAACUCUUCAACAGCACCGGGCGCUGAGGACUUGGAGAGCGCACCGUUGCUAGCCCACCGCAAGUCACAAGGAAUUCUUCACUAUUUUACCACGGCAAAAGAAGUGGACGACCAAUUACUCGGAGAAUGUAAAGGAUACACUUCCGCAGAGCUCUGUCUUCAUGACCAGACCAAGGACAAGCCACACUUUUGCGAGAUUCCAACGAUUCGCAAGAACGAGGACGAGGAGAGCCUGGCGCUGGCGCUGGCACAGUCCGAAGAGAACGGAGCCGAUAAGGCAGCUCACCAAAAUGACCUUCAUGAUCACCAGAACCACCAUGACUAUAAUGGUGACCAUAACCAUGACUUGACGUUUGCACGUUCCGUGUCUGAAGUGCACUCUCACCACGGCAGACUGGAACACCACCACCAUCACGUCAACUCUCCCCUUUCCAGGCUUAUGCUUAUUGGUGUUCAAACGAUCUUGGCCAUUACGCUCCACAAGUUCCCAGAGGGGUUCAUCACUUAUAUAACCGCAGAAACAGACCCUCAGCUUGGCGUGUCUAUUUUCCUCAGUCUUUUGAUUCACAACUUUACCGAAGGCUUCUCUAUGUGCUUGCCUUUAUACUACUCGUUUGCAUCUGGAAAAGCGUACUGGGGUGCCAAGGCGAAAGCUGUGAGCAUCAGUGCUAUAUUGGGUGGCUUGUCGCAGCCUUUGGGGGCUCUCGGAGGGUUGAUUUUCUUACAAGCGAAUCACGCAGGCAACUCGGAUAUCGAUAUCGACAAACUCAACUACAUCUUUGGCAUUACAAUGGCAGUGACGUCUGGUUUUCUUUGUGUCAUUGCGUUAUCUAUGUACGGCUCUGCCGUGUCCUUCAGCGGGUCCCCCAACUUUGUCAUGAUCUGGUGCAUUGUGGGCAUGAGCAUCAUUGGACUUCUGUCGCUCAUACUCAAGGGGGAGUAA